GGACCGAGUUUUACUGUGCCAAUAACAAACGUGACAGUCCCAAUGGGCAGGGAAGCAGUACUCGCUUGUGUGGUUGCAAAUCUUUCUACUUACAAGGUAGCGUGGCUCAGAGUAGACACACAAACAAUCUUGACGAUAGCUAAUCAUGUAAUCACGAAGAAUCACAGGAUCGGAGUGACGCACACCGAACGCAAAACCUGGCACUUACACAUACGUGAAGUACGCGAAUCUGAUCGAGGUGCUUACAUGUGCCAGAUAAAUACCGAUCCGAUGAAGAGUCAAACUGGAUAUCUGGAAGUUGUAGUACCGCCUGAUAUUUUAGAUUAUUCGACGAGUACGGAUAUGGUGGUGCGAGAGGGUAGUAACGUUACGUUACGUUGCGCCGCGACGGGUUCACCCAAACCAAAUAUUACUUGGAGACGGGAAGAUGGAGAAGCUAUACUUCUUGAAAAUGGUCAGGAAGUAAGAAGUGUAGAAGGGUCAAUCUUCACUAUCACAAAGGUAAAUAGAUUACAGAUGGGUGCAUACCUGUGUAUCGCUUCCAAUGGGGUGCCUCCUACAGUCAGUAAAAGAAUAAUGCUGAUAGUGCACUUCACUCCAAUGAUUUCGAUCCAAAAUCAAUUGGUAGGUGCACAAGAGGGACAGAAGAUGACUCUUGAGUGUCAUUCAGAAGCCUUUCCAAAAUCAAUCAAUUAUUGGACCAAAGAGAAUAAUGAAAUUAUAAAAACUGGAGAAAAAUAUCAGCAAUCAGUUACAGACAAUGCAUACAAAAUACAAAUGAAACUUACAAUAUUGUCGGUGGAAAAGUCCGAUUACGGAACGUACAAAUGCAUAUCGAAGAAUUCUCUAGGAGAAACAGAUGGCAGUAUUAAACUCUACCAUAUACCAACACCAACAACACAAUUGAAAACGACGACCACCCCCAGUUCCACUGUCGAAGAAGUUGAAAAUAUUCAAAACUCACGACAAGGACCACUGCCUAGUAUGGAGCCUAUCCAGAAUGAAGGAACGGAUACUUCAUUGCCUAAUAUCCUUAGGAACGAUGAUAUACGGCUUCACGGGAGAGCAAGCAGCAGCGACUAUAACGAUGCUGAAAACACCGUGACAAAAGGACGAAAAAAUAUUGGUGGCGAGGUACGGCCACGAAGAAUCGACAACACGGCGCAAUCGAUGUCAUCCAGGGGUACAAGCACGAAUUUUCUAGUGCAAUCUAGAACGGCCAUCUGCAUAAUCCUACUAUCUGCCCUGUCGUAGUCACGUCAGUGUCCAGUAGCGGAAAAAAAGAAGAAAAUAAAAAAUUAAAAAA